GAAUCGCACUCAGUGAUUAUUUUGUCGUUACCACGUGCAAUAUGAGGAAAUUCUUCGUCACAAAUGGUUUAUUGUUGUUGCUUAGUAUAUCACAUGCAGCAACUACUGGAAAACUGGACGACGAUACCAUAGUUCAACUUAGGGAAGGUAAAAUCCGUGGACAUAUCCUGAAAAGUGAAAAUGGCAACGAUUACUAUGCCUUCCAAGAAAUCCCAUACGCUGCACCGCCUGUUGGUGAAAACAGAUUACAACUUCCCAAGAAAGUCCAACCCUGGAAUGGAAUACUGGAUACCACGAAAAACACGAGAGUGUGUUACCAAAACAUUUCCAAAUAUAGUAAUCUUGAAAUCAAAGAAGACUGUUUGUACAUCAAUGUCUAUACACCACUGAAACCUGGAAGUGAUCUCAAGAAGUUACCAGUUCUCGUUUGGAUCCACGGUGGGGGUUAUUUCAUUUCAGAUCCAGACAUCCCUGUUAUGGCUGAACUCGAUAACAAUCCUGAAAAAGUCGUACCAGAUUUGAUCCAUAUGUCUCCAGAAAAUAGAAAAAUCGCUGGACAACGCUUGAGGAAAGUGUAUACAAAAACAUCAUUUCAAAAAGAUAUUACUGCAUAUUGCAGGUGGACUAGUGAUAACAGAAUGAUAACUCCAAUUUGUAAACAGGCAGAACUUAUAGCCUCUGAGGUGCCUGUUUAUUUAUACCAAUUUUCGUACUACGGCAAGUUGGGACAAGGUCCAACAGAUAUCGUUCCAGGUGCUGGAAGAGUGGCUCAUGCUGAAGAUUUACAUUAUAUGUGGGACGAUGGCUCUAAUUCUGAUCUGAGCAAAUUUCCAGAGGAAGACGGGUUGACACUUCACCGAUUCGUUAAAAUGUGGACCAACUUCGUGAAGUAUCUGUGAGUACUGAAAAUUUGAAUAUAUG